CGGUGAGCGCGAUAAAAACACAUUGUAUGCGUAUCACGUUUGCACGAAACUCGCGAUUCGAACGUGUCUUUCAUCAGUAUCAAGUGCAAUAACUGUAUCGACGAUCCGAGCAAAUCGGGAAUCGACAAAAUGUCCAAUAAAAUAUACAUGUGGGACGAACACAUGCAAAUUGAGACCGGCAGGGAGAAAAAACCAUUUAUACUAACCGGCAAUUCGGAAGAGAAAACACCUAUUCGAAAGGACGACGACGAACGCGGGGGAUGGAGCAACAAAUUAGAUUUCCUCAUGUCCUGCAUCAGCUUAUCUGUUGGGCUUGGAAAUGUAUGGAGAUUUCCAUAUUUAUGUUACAAAAACGGUGGAGGUACUUUCUUCAUCACCUACCACAUAGCAAUGUUCCUGUGCGGCAUCCCGCUGUUCUUUCAGGAGGUAGCAAUUGGCCAAUAUUUAGGCUCCGGGGGAAUGACUUUCGUCGGGCAGCUGUGCCCCAUUCUGAAGGGCGUGGGCUACGCUACGAUGACCAUCGUCUUCCUUCUGGACGUUUAUUACUGCGUUAUAAUCGCUUGGACGCUGUUCUACAUUUACAGCAGCUUAGCCAGCGAGUUGCCCUGGUCGCAUUGCGGUAAUUGGUGGAAUACUGAUGUAUGUUAUGAAAAGACUAAUUCUACUAUAGGGCUGAUUAACGCGACGAAUAUAACCAAUCGAUUAUCGUCAGUUGAAGAGUUUUUUGAUCAACGUGUAUUGGGUAUUACUAAUGGGUUAGAAGAAAUAGGGGGAAUGCAGUGGAACAUAUUUAUUGCUUUAUGCGUUGGUUGGAUAAUGGUGUAUAGUAUUAUUAGAAAAGGCUUACAUCAAAGUGGAAAGUUAAUAUGGUUCACUGCACUAUUUCCGUACGUCAUCCUAAUAAUAAUGUUAGUUAGAGCAGUCACCUUAGAAGGCGCCAGCGAUGGGCUCUUGUUUUACGUAACGCCCAAAUGGGAGGCUCUGCUGACACCAGGACCUUGGAUGGACGGUGCUUCUCAGAUAUUUUUCGCUUACAGUAUCGGAUGCGGAGCUCUGCCUGCUCUAGGUUCUUACAACAAAUUUCACCACAAUUCCUACAGAGAUGCUGUGAUAACAUGUUUUGUGAACACGUUUACUUCUAUAAUAGCCGGUAUAGUGACUUUUUCGAUAUUAGGACACUUGGCCUUGGAACAAAACACCAAUGUUGAAGAUGUGGUCAAGAGCGGUCCUGGUUUGGUUUUCAUCACGUAUCCCCAAGUCGUGUUAAAAUUACCAGGCUCGUCGUUUUGGGCUGUUGCGUUUUUCAUUAUGCUUUUGUUAUUGGGGAUCGACAGCGAGUUUUGCUUGGUGGAAUCUUUUAUUACCGGAAUAUUGGACAAUUGGUCCCAAACCCUGAGGCCUUACAGAAAUACAUUCACAGCGGCCGUUUGUAUCGUUAUGUUCCUCCUGGGAAUACCUAUGGUCACACAAGGUGGCAUGUACGUGUUCAAAUUAAUGGAUAACUAUUCGGCGAGCGGGAUAUCGCUGCUGUGGGUCUGCUUUUUCCAAACCAUCGGCAUUUCCUGGUUUUUCGGCGUGGAUAAAUUGAGCGAUUGCAUUGAAAAAAUGAUGGGAAUUAGACCGAACUCAUUCUGGACGGUUUGCUGGAAAUACGUUGCGCCACUCGUUAUGGCUGUGAUAUUCGUUAGUCAAUGUUUCGAGUACCAAAGACUAGAAUACAGCGAUUAUAAGUAUCCUCUAUGGGCUGAUAUGGUGGGAUUGAUGAUUAGUUUUUCGUCGAUGGCUUGGAUACCUAUUUAUGCUAUUUAUUAUGUGCUUUCACAACCUGGCAGCAUAAUGCAGAAUAUGAAGAAGGGGAUCAAAUCUAACAUAGCUCAAAGGAAAAUAUCAAUUUGCGAUCAGAGUACAGGUACUCUGAUUACUCAAAGCAACGUCGUAUUGUUAACGCCGAAUACAUCAGUUUUGGGUGUCAAUACGUGAGCAAAAAUAAUCACCAGAUACGUUUUAUUUAUUAAUUAGUAAUUAUCGUAUUUUAUUUAGACCAAACAAAAAUUUAUUUAUAAAUAAUUACUAGACAGUAAACAAAUAUUAUCCGAAUUAAAAAUGAACUCUAGACUCAGGGCUAAAUAUUGAUAUUGUCUACAUCUAAUUGUUAGAUUCCACUCAUAAAUAGCAGUUUUAUUAAACUAUUAUUUGCCACUGUCGGAUGUAUACGUUUUCAACGUCGCAAAAUUAUAUUUAUGCGAUAUUUUUGAAGCUUUUUUUAAUGUUAACUUGAAUAUAUAAUGUAAUUGAAACAUUG